CCGAAGAAGAAGCAGCGUUUUGUUGUAUCUGCGAUUGUUUUUGUGCAAAAUAUAGCAUAACAUUAUAUUCUUGUAAUUUUUAAACGAACAGUUUAAAUACACUAACGAACAAAAUGGCGAAAAUGGCAUUUCAACAUCAGGCGGGCACAGCCAUGGAGUGCUUAAGCAUACCCAUAACGUUGCACAAAGAAAAGGACUACGACCAGGAGGGCAGGGAGAUAUUGAAAUGUGGCUUUAAAAUUGGUGGUGGCAUCGAUCAAGACUACAAGAAGAGCCCACAAGGAUACACGGACUAUGGCAUCUAUGUUACGGAAGUGCACGAAGGCAGUCCUGCAGCUCGUGCCGGUCUGCGUAUACACGACAAAAUACUGCAAUGUAAUGGGUAUGACUUCACGAUGGUUACGCACAAGAAGGCCGUCAGCUAUAUACGCAAAAAUCCAAUUUUAAACAUGCUGGUGGCACGCAAAGGUGUCACGUCGACAUAAAUGCGCCAAUUGGCGCCUCCUUCCUCACUAAAAUGCAGCAGUAUUUCCAUUGACAUGCAUAUAUAAACUACGUUAGAGUUGAUUACCAGCAUCUGCCUCUAAGCUCCCUCUCACUGUCUCUCUAUGUUAAGGAUCUCUGACGCUAUUUGGAAGAACAUGCGAAUAAUUAGUUAUGUAAAAUUAUUUGUAUACCCUAAGAUAUGCAUAUCGUCCUUAAACACAUAUGCAACUACACAUAUUCAUAUACAUUUAUGUAGCAUGUAGUAAUGCUUCUUGUUAAAUUGAUUUCCAUUGACUUGGUUUAAGUUUAAAGUAGUACCCUAGGUUGUUAUAACAUACCAUACCAUACAUACAUAUAUACUUUUCUUAUAAGCUGCGCAACAAGAAACUAAAUCUCCAUAUUAAGAACAAAUGGCCAAAACAGAAUUACCUUCAAUACACACGUAAAGAUACAUUAAUAAUAGAUAUGACAGAUUUUUAUACGAA